CGGCCACUUGCAACUGCAACCAGCUUGAGAGACUUAGCGUAGGCUCAGGUACAGUUUGUUGCGACCAACCACAUUGUCUUCUACCACCUCUUCUCUCCUUAUCACCGGCCAUAAAUCAUGGCACCGUCCCUACGCUCUAUCCUGUCCUACGCAGGCCACCUCGUCUCCCAGAUUCCUAUUUCACUAGAAGGGUUUACAGCAGGCGGCUUGGGCCAUUCCUCUGCACCUCAUGGCAGCAACUCGGCAGCCGCCGCCGGAGCUCCCAGCCCCCUGGCUCCCAUGACGUCGCACUACUCUUCGCCGCUGACCGGCGCACCAUCGUGUCCGAUUGAUGGGCCGACGAGCUGCAACAACGCGACGGAGGCCGGCUCAUGCUGCUUCGUUUACCCAGGCGGCAGGCUGUUGCUCACUCAGUUCUGGGAUCAGAAGCUGCACGUUGGUGGUGCAGAGGAGGACUGGACUGUUCACGGCCUCUGUCGCGAUAUCAGGCCCGAUCUAUGUGAUGGCUCAUAUGACCAGUUCUGUGGCAUGGCGCCGGCAUUCAACAAUAUCACGGCCACGCUGGAACAACAUGGCCAGGGCGAUCUUGUCGAGUGGAUGCAUAGAUAUUGGGUCGCCAACUACGGCACUAAUGACCACCUCUGGGCGCACGAGUAUAACAAGCACGGCACAUGCAUCAACACACUCGCACCAAGCUGCUAUGGCGACGGCUACGCGGCGGGUGUCGAGGUCGUCGACUACUUCACGCGCGCAGCGGCUCUAUUUCGCAUGCUCGACACGUACCGAGCAUUGGAGCGCGUUGGCAUCGUGCCCGAUUACAAGAAGACAUAUUCGCUAUCUGAGCUGCAGGCGACGCUCGAGGCGUUUAGUGGCGGGCGAGUGAUUCUACGGUGUACUGGCAGGCACCACAAUGUCCUCCACGAGGCGUGGUAUGUCUACUUCAUCAAGGGCAGCCUGCAGAGUGGCGAGUUUGUCCCGGCCAAGGACAGCUUCAAGGGCGACCAUGGCAACUGUGCUGCGCAGGUCAGAUACUUGCCCAAGCGCAAGAGAUGAAGCCUGGUCAAGCCUCUUUUUUUCUGACGGCAUUUUCUUGCAAUGCUGGCCCUCUGUCACUGGAUCCACCAAGUGGGUGUAAUAGUUCUUUGUGUCAACGCGAUCGUUAGUUAUAGAGCUUGAACAUACCGUCUUAUGAGAGUUGCCGUGGUUGGAUAUAAUGUAUUCGAACG